AUGACACCUCAAAGCGCAGACGAUGGGAAGGUCCAUGAUGAGAACAUGGAAGAGGACGAUAAGAACAUGGAAGAGGGACGUGCGCUCAAGUCCACACUCUCAGUGGACGGGGAACCAUUUCAGGCGGAUGCCAUUGCAGACAGUAAGAGAGACCGUCUGCGGAGUAGUCUAGCGGGUGUUGAGGUUAGUUCGAAUGGGAUUGAGACUAACUCGAACAGGAACCAGUCUCUGAAACCGGUUUCGGAAGAGGCGGUUUUAAGACCGGCGAAUCGAAGUGAUGACGCGUGGAUAGAAGGAGAGGGGGAUUUAGUUGUGGUCCACGAGGCUGGAUGUUCGCUCCAGCUUGCGUCUCCGCAAGGUCGUGGAGAGGUUCGUCUGGUUGCCCCUGAGUGCGGCGUCGAAGGCGGUACUGAUACGGUGGCACCGGUCUUGAUUUUGGACUGGUUGGAAUUGACGAACUUCAAGUCGUAUUGGGGUUUAGUGAGAGUCGGUCCUUUCCACAACAGGUUAUCAGCGAUUAUUGGUCCUAAUGGCAGCGGCAAGUCGAACAUGAUUGAUGCAUUACUGUUUGUAUUUGGCCGUCGUGCUAUACAGUUAAGACAGAAGAAGCUAACCCAAUUGAUACACUCGAGUGCCAAUCAUAAGGCGGAUUUCGCACGUGUGUCUGUUAUCUUUGCGAGGAGCUAUAAAAGUAACAACCAGCAGGCUAACAACCAGCAGGCUAACAACCAGCAGGCUGACAACCAGCAAGCUAACAACCAAGGUAGUAGCUACCAAGGUAUCGAUGGUCAUGAGUUUAAGAGAGAGUACGCCUUUACUUUGUCCAGAGAGAUCCACGUGUCCGGUACCAGUCGAUACGUUAUAGAGGAUCGAACCGUAAGUCACCAAGAAAUGGUGGAAUUUGUAAAAGCCCAAGGGAUCGACUUAAACCAUAAUCGCUUCUUGAUUUUACAGGGCGAGGUAGAGCAGUUAAGUAUGCUGCCACCGAAGGCACCCGCCAGUUCUGGAGACUCCGGAAGCCAGGCUAGCCAGUCGUCUCGAGGUCGAGGAGGGUUGUUGGAAAUUUUGGAGAAUUUGUUCGGCAGUGAAGCUUUAAUUCCGAAGAUCCAAAACCGAGAACAAGACUAUGAUACCCUGAGACAAGCUCUGGAUGAGUCGAGUGGUCUAGUUAGUAGAUGUGAAGUAGAACUGAAAGCAUUAGCUGGACCGUGUCGUCAAGCUUUUGGUUAUGUUAGAUUGCAUAAAAAACUUAUUGUGGCCAAAGCUAGACUAGAAGCGAAAGAGCGAUAUAAGCUUGUUACCGACGCUAUGACGAAGGAGGCGGAGAUUUGUGAUCUGAAGAAUGAAGAAAAUAUCUGUGUACAAAGCCUAGAUCAACUUGACAAGGAAUUAGAGGAAUUGCGGCAAAGCACCGAUCAAAUGAUCGCAGAGGAAGUCAAUCAUAAUGAAGGGGAGAGUGACGUGGAGAGUGACGUGGAGAAUAACGUGGUGCAAGGAGAUAUGCGGGGAGAGUUGAGUUAUGCUGACAAUCAGAACACUGGUGAUUGUCUGUAUGAGAACACUGGUGAUUGUCUUGAUGAUAGGUUGAAGCGAAAAAUCUUAAUGAAGAAGUUGUCAGGGGUAGAAGGAAGAACAAUGAAAUCUGGAAUCCAUUUAACUUAUGAUCUGGUUCAUGAUAAUAUGGUUAAGAAGUUCCAGGAAUUAAAAAGUACUAAGGAUCAUUACAGAAUGGAAGAAGAUCGAAUUCAAUCCACGAUAAUGCUUGAUGAGAGAAAGUUUAGAGAAGUGUCAACUGAACGAGAAGCAUUAUUGAAAGAGAUUGAUAUGAAGAUUGAGGAAGGUAAGAACAUAAUUGAGAAGUGUGAAGACGCAAAGAAUAAUUUACCCAAACAAGAAAAACAAUUAGAAUUUAUUAACGAAAAAUUAAUUGUGAUGGAUGAUGAGUUGAAAGAAGAUUUACAGGUAAUAAAUGAUGAAAUUCAGGUUAUUACAAAUGAGAAAAAUGGUGUGUGUAGAAAAUUCAAAUUAAUAAAUAAUAUUGUGAUUGAGAAAGAAUCUAUAUUAGAAUUAGAGAAUGAAAAGAAGUUGGCUAAAGAUAAAGAAAAAGAACGACAAAUUGAGUUGUUAAAAAGUUUAAAACAGAAUAUUAAGACACAUAAGAAUGAUUUAACGAAUAAAGUUGGGUUAAUAGAACAUAUUCAUAAGGAUCGAAUAUUAUUGCAAACACGUGUGCAAGAAUUAAAACAAAUACUUGUUGAUGGGAGACAGAAAAAGAAUGAGUUGGAGAUCAGGAAGUCUGAGUUAGAGAAGCGUCAUAAUAGUAAAUCAGUAAAUCGGCAGGCUGCUAUAUUAUAUCAAAAGCUUAAUGAACAAUUCUUGAUGGAAAAUUCUGUAUUAUAUAAACUUGGUACUUGGUUAUUAGAUUAUGUUGAAUGUGAUUAUGAACAAUAUGGAUCGGCAUUAACUUCAGCAGGUCUUGGAGAGGAUAUAGUGUUAACAAGAACUGAUGAUGCGUCAGAAGCUAUAAUAAAAUUUGUUAAACAAAAUCAACUUGGACGAGUAACUUGUGUUACGAUAAAUCGGGCUGCUGAUAAGUGGAGAAGACUUAUGGAAGAAUGGUAUAAGAGUAAAGACAGAAGAUAUGGAUCUUUGCAGAAUAUAAUUCCUGUAAUGGAUUUAAUCAAGAUAAAGUCAUUUGAAAUGGAAGAUAGUGAACAGAAUAUAAAACCAAUUAUUUGGUCGCGUGUUCGGGAUACUUUAUUAUGUACAAUAAAUAUUAAUGAGGCUCGAAAGAUUGCUUUUGGUAAAAAUGAAAGAUUUAAAGUAGUUACUGCAAAGGGUGAGGUCAUCGAGAAGAACGGAAGUAUGACUGGUGGAUGCGGUAUUAAUUUCAUUAAACAGGCCCAUAUAUAUCAUUCUGGAUUAAGUGUUGGGGGUGAAGAACGAUCUCGGACUGAUGAAGAGCGCGAAUUAAAAAACGUUAAAGAGGAUCUGCUAAAUAUCGAUCGUGUCAUUCGGGAUAGUGUUGAAGAAGAUAAUAGAUUGGCACAGAAAAUUAAUCAAAUGAAUAUGGAUAUAAAUUGUCAUAUUAAUGAAGGCAAAGAUCUGGAACACUUAAUUCUUAAUCUGACGGAUACAUAUCAAAAAGCGGUAUCCGAAACUCGUCAACCAUUCAUUGAAAUAGAACAACCAGCAGCUCAGGACACUGACGGCAUAGACACUGUAAAUGAAAAUGAACUAUUGAAAAAACUUAUGGAACUGGCCCCCACCGAUAAUAGUUUUGCGGAAAUGGAGAUCACCCUUCGAUCCGUUCGUUUGACCAAGUUGAUAGGAAUCAGGGAUAAAAUUCGUCAGCACAUUAAGGAUCGGGAUAAAAAACUCAGUAUAUGUUCCGAGCAGAUAAAAUCACUUGGAGGCGUUGAAAGGAAAAGGUUACUUGACGAACGAUCCAGUUUGGAGAAAGCUAUCAAUCGCGAUACUGAUCUUAUAUCAAACGGUGUAGAGAAAAUUAAUACUGCUAAUAAUCGAGUCAAGCAGUUAAAGGAGUCUAUCAUCCCCUCUCUCGAGGCCAAGAAAGAAUCAUUGAUCAAAGGCACCAAUCAUAAUAAAGCGAUUUGUGAAGACCUUAUUCUGAAACAAAAGCUCCAUCAAACAGCUCUUGAUAAGUUCUCGAAACGACUUGAAAAUUUCGAAAAAAAAAUUCAUGAAGUUAGACAACAACGACAAGGUGUUGAAGACAGAAUUAGACUUUAUAAGAACAAGCAAAAUGCCAUCAAGGAUGCGACCAAUGAAAUCCAAUAUAAAGUUAAUCAGCUACAAAAAUUGGUUGCCAACAAGGACAAGCUGCUGGAACAGUUGUUGAAUGACUUCAAUGACCUACCAAGCAUCCAAGAUCUGGGCGGGGAUGACACGGUGGAUGACGGAGAACAUGAUGGUCACCCUCAUUCUAUAGACAGCAAUCGUCAUCCUGAUGCCGAGGAGCUGAAAGGAGUAAUCGAUAGGGAACAAACAAUUGGAGACGGUCAAGAAGCCAUAGUGCUGAAGAAUGGAGACGGUGGGAUGGCUAUUGAAAAGACGCCGGACAAAGCGGACGAUGCCGAUAAUACUAUUAUCGAAUUUCCAGACACGAAGAAUCUGGAUUUAUACAAGACGCAAGCCACCAAGAAUUAUCAGCUGGAAGUGUUCAAGUGGGAGGAAGAGGUGAAGAAUUUGGGAUCUUCUAUGAUGGAUAUUAGUAUCAUAACGGAAUAUCAGAAGAAGAGUCAUGAGUGUCUGGCAUUCAAGUCAGCUCGUGAUAGGCGUCGAGAUGAUUUGGAAAAGGCGUAUAAGGAAUUGCAAUCUUUAAAGCAGGAGCGACGUCAGAUCUUCGAUACGGGCUUUCUAUUUUUAAGUGAGAAAGUAAAGGAGUUAUAUCAAAUGUUAACCAGGGGUGGCGAUGCAGAAUUGGAGUACAAAGAUUGUAAUUCUCCGUUCACUGAAGGUAUCGAAUAUAGCGUCAGACCCCCUCGAAAGAGUUGGAGGAGCAUUCAUAACUUGUCAGGUGGCGAAAAGACUCUUUCGUCCUUAGCUCUUAUUUUCGCACUACACCACUACCGGCCAACCCCCAUCUACUUCCUUGACGAAAUUGAUGCAGCUCUGGACACUCAGAAUGUGUUGCUCAUCGCCAGCUAUGUGGCAUCCUGCCAGGCGAACAACGCCCAAUUUGUGGUCAUUUCGUUGCGCCACGAAUUCUUCCAAAGAGCUGAUAGACUUGUCGGUGUAUGCAAGGUUGAAGAUAAGACAAAGAUCUGUGUUAUUGAUCCAGACAGGUUUGCCUCGUUGCCCGUCCGUAAGAAGAGAUCCAAGCCCGAUGAAGACUCUCCCAGGAACCAGUUGACCGACCUGACAUGA